ACCACCCCCACCACCACCAGUAGGCCAACAUACCAGUGGGGCACCGGACAGACACUCAACCAGGCUGAGACACAAUACUACUUUGUUUGAAACGCUCUUCAAUCCAAACUUUAUCGCGCAUCUCGAACAGCGCGGCUGGACUCUGGAGCCCCGCAGCGAUGCGGGAUCGCUCGGAUUCCUCCUGGAAAGUUUGUACUGCUGGGAAGUGGGUGGUGGUGCGGGGGUCAUAUUACACCCAGUCUGAGCUUUUCCAGUCCGCUCCUUCGACGUGGGGGAGGGCGAACCUCCAACUUUUCUCGGCCUGAUUUCUUUUUACGCGCAGGGAAAGAAAAAACUUCCAAACGGUGGAAUUACUGCGUAAAGCGACCGUUUAUUUUUGGGUUUGAUGUUUAAUGUAGUGUUUCUGUAGAACAUACUCGGGCUCCGACCAUGAAUCCGUUUCCGAGGAUCUUUGGGUGAGAAAAGAAGAGUUGGAUACCGCGUCAGAGCUCCGAAGAAUCCGUGAUAAUAGUUAUUUACAAUGCGGGACCUGGGAUCAAAUCUGGGAUUACAUCUGGAGAUCGAAGAAGACGCCAUCCCUUACAGGACCUACAGCGCUGGAAUAACAAAACACUAGAAUAAAAGUCAUUUUUUUCUCGGGGUGCAAAGUUGCAGGUCCGAAACCCCCAAGAUGUCCUCCCAGGGCAGCAGCCCCAUUGUUGCAGUGCUCGGAAUGGUGAUGUGCGCCCUGGCCGCCUCCCUCCUAGGCUCCUCUCACGCCGUUUUGUCUCCAAACGUGACGGUAUUGAACGACCCCUGCAAGAAGACGACGACCUGUGAGGUCCUGAGGUACAACACAUGCCUGGGGUCGGCCCUACCCUACACGCACACGUCGCUCAUCCUGGCCGAAGACUCUACGACCCAAGAGGAAGCCUUCGAGAAGCUGACCAUGUGGUCCGGUCUGCGGAACGCGCCUCGCUGCUGGUCGGUGAUCCGGCCCCUGCUGUGCGCCGUCUACAUGCCCAAGUGCGAGCAGGGCCUGGUGGAGCUUCCCAGCCAGGCGGUCUGCCUCGCCACGCGGAGGCCCUGCAGCAUCGUGGACCAGGAGAGGGGCUGGCCCGACUUCCUCAAGUGUGAGGAGAACCACAAGUUCCCCGCUGGCUGCACGAACGAGGGGCAGAAGCUGAAGUUCAACACGUCCGGCCAGUGCGAGGCUCCGCUGGUGAAGACGGACAUUGUUUCCAGCUGGUACAAGGACGUGGAGGGGUGCGGGAUCCAGUGUGACAACCCCCUGUUCACCGAGGAGGAGCACACCGACAUGCACGCCUACAUCGCCUACUUCGGCUCCAUCACCAUGCUCUGCACCUUCUUCACCCUGGCGACGUUCCUGGCCGACUGGAAGAACUCCAACCGCUACCCGGCAGUCAUCCUGUUCUACAUCAACGCCUGCUUCUUCGUGGGCAGCAUCGGCUGGCUGGCCCAGUUCCUGGACGGCGCGCGCAAGGAGAUCGUCUGCAAGAGCGACAACACCAUGCGCCUCGGGGAACCCUCCUCCUCAGAGACUCUCUCCUGCGUCACCAUCUUCAUCAUCGUGUACUACUCGCUGAUGUCGGGAGUGAUCUGGUUCGUGAUGCUCACCUACGCCUGGCACACCUCCUUCAAGGCACUGGGCACCACCCAGCAGCCGCUGACCGGGCGCACCUCCUACUUCCACAUGAUCACCUGGUCCGUGCCUUUCGUCCUCACCGUCGCCAUCCUGGCCAUCGCCGAGGUGGAUGGGGACUCUGUCAGCGGUAUCUGCUUCGUGGGCUAUAAGAACUACCACUACCGUGCCGGAUUCGUGCUCGCACCCAUCGGCGUCGUGCUGGUCGUCGGGGGCUACUUCCUGAUCCGAGGGGUCAUGACCUUGUUCUCAAUCAAGAGCAACCACCCGGGCCUGCUGAGCGAGAAGGCCGCCAGUAAGAUCAACGAGACGAUGCUGAGACUCGGGAUAUUCGGGUUCCUGGCCUUCGGCUUCGUCUUCAUCACCUUCGGCUGCCACUUCUACGACUUCUUCAACCAGGCCGAGUGGGAGCGAAGCUUCAGGGAAUACGUGCUCUGCGAGGCCAACGUCACCAUCGCCUCUCAGACCAACAAGCCGAUCCCAGAGUGCACCAUCAAGAACCGGCCCAGCCUGAUGGUGGAGAAGAUCAACCUGUUCUCCAUGUUCGGCACCGGCAUCGCCAUGAGCACCUGGGUCUGGACCAAGGCCACCAUCCUCAUCUGGAAACGCACCUGGUGCAGGGUGAUUGGCCGCAGCGACGACGAGCCCAAGAGGAUCAAGAAGAGCCGCAUGAUCGCCAAGGCCUUCUCCAAGCGCAAGGAGCUCCACAAAGACCCCGAGAAGGAGCUGUCCUUCAGCAUGCACACAGUCUCCCACGAGGGGCCCGUUGCUGGGAUCAACUUUGACCUCAACGAGCCGUCCAAUGACAUGUCGUCCGCCUGGGCCCAGCACGUCACCAAGAUGGUGGCCAGACGGGGCGCCAUCUUGCCCCAGGACAUCUCCGUGACCCCCACGGGAACACCCGUCCCGCCGGCGGACGAGCGGAACCAGCUGUGGAUGGUGGAGGCGGAGAUCUCCCCCGAGAUGAUCAAGCGCAAGAAGAAGAAGAAGAAGCGGCGGGCGGGAGCGGGGGCGGGGCCGAAGGAGGUGCGGCCCCUGGAGGAGGCGGGGGCCGACCCCCAGGGGUACCGGCGCCGCGAGUUCGGCCCCAGCGCGGUGCCCCGCCUGCCCCAGCUCCCGCGCCACCCCAGCCUGGUGGCCGACCUGCGGGCGCGGCCCGACCAGCGCCGGCCCCGUCGCCACGACGACGAGGACCUCCUGCCGGGCUCCUACCCGGACUUCCGGCCCUCCCACCCCUACCCGCCCUACCGCCCGCCCGGGCCCCUGGAGGAGCUCAGCGACGCCCCCGAGGACCUGGGCCUGCGGGGGCCGCGCUGUCGGCCCUUCGCGGCCCCGGCCCCGUGGCAGCCCGGCCGGACCCUGCGGCCCCCCGGGGGGGCGGUGGCGGCCCCUGGGGGGCGGCGCCUGGUCCCGAGCCAGGGCCCCAUCCACUCUAGGACCAAUCUGAUGGAGGCGGAGCUUAUGGACGCCGACUCUGACUUCUGAGGAGCGGGUGGGGGGGGGGCGGGCGUUAGUGAGGCUCUGGGGUCUCAGGGUGCUCAGGGGCCUCUGGGUCUGGGGCCCCUGUCAGGCGGAGUAAGAACUAAAGCGCUGGCUGCUUUAACCUCCCAGGGGCGGCCGGUCUGAACGGGAUGAAGCCAGAUGAUGUUAGUUUCUUUUAAGGGAUGGAGAAAAGGAAAAAAUGUAAAUAAAAUAAUGAAAAGAAAAGAAAGAUAUUUUUAUAUUUUACAUGUGCCCACUUGAAUAAUUUCAUAGAUAACUCUGCAGCGACAGAAUAAACAACAAGGCAGCUAAUAUGUUUAUGGGGACGAAGCGAACCGCCAUAAUUAUUCUGCCGCCCAUUUUCCAAAUUGUCUCAUUAUUUUUAUAUAAUUCACCUCCACACUUAACGCCCCGAAUUUCAAGCCCCUCCAAAACGUUCGCAGACAGAUUUGUAUCCACGUGUUCAGUAAAGGUUAGUCUCCAACGUCGGAGAAUAUCAAUCCCCCAAUGAACUGAGAAUAGUGAUUAUGUAGAAGAAGAGACACGCGCGUGGAGGUCCACGACGUGCUACGUCGCUACGGUACAGCUGCGGCGCUUCAGUCACUGAAGUGUUUGAUCGACUGUGGUGGUUUGUGAAUCGAUCCGUGUUCAAAUAGAUUUCUUGCUGCCAAUAUGAUGAACCUCACCAGCGCUGGACUAAAAUGCGCUCUCCCGUAGCGAUACCCCUCGGUGCUAGCCUGUCCGGUACUGCCAUAUCCAACGCUAGAAUAGACUUCCUCAUGGGAAACCUCACUGGUAUAAGCUAUUGCCGAGUGCAAUUUAACACGUUCAGCAUCCGCGAUACACAUGUUUUUCGUUCAAUCGUAAAGGUUGUCAAUCAGUUCAUGAAAUAACUCCUCAUUUUUACGUUGUGUGUAUAUAUUAAAGUUAUUUACAGCAGUAUUUUCGCCAUCUCUGUUCUGCUAAUGCUAUUUUAAUUAUUCAAAGUGAGCCUGGUUUUUUGUGUUUUUAGUGUUUUAGAAAAGUGUCAUGUUGUGCGCCUAUUGUGACACUUCGUUUCAUCAUCUUUUUAAGUAUUACUUUAUCACUUUUUAGCCUUUGAAUAUCUUUGGAGUGCAAAGCAAAGUUCUACCAAUUUCUUAUUUGUAUGUUUGUAUAUAAGCUGUUCGUUGUCAUUUCAUUAGGAUUUUGUUUGUGUCUGAUUGCUUUAUUACACAAUAAAGGAAAAGUCGAGAUUUUA